UCCUCAGUAUGAUCUGCAUUAGUUCCAUCCAGCACUGUGCAGUCCCCUCUCCUCUGCACACACCAAGGGAUGCCUGCACCUUUCCUCCCUCUGCUUUCAUAUAUAUAUAACAUCUAUCUGUCCUGGGCUAUCAGUACAAGGACUGCUCUGCAGUGAUUUCUCUGUGCAUGCUUCCUGCCACCCUCACUUGCCCACCCUUGUGCCCACUGGCUGCCUUCCUGUGAUCACAGUCCAGGGACGAUGAUCGGUUCAGCAGCCAAGUUGGUUCAUGACCGGGCUUUGGCCGAUGGCUAUGGCACCAAUGAGAAGGCCCUGAAAUUCCUCAACCAGGACUAUGAGACCAUAAGGAAUGAAUGCCUCCAGUCCGGGACUUUGUUUAAGGAUUCCUAUUUUCCAGCCAUCCAUUCCUCGCUGGGGUUCAAUGAACUGGGAGCCAACUCCUCCAAAGUGCAGGGGGUGGUGUGGAAAAGACCUACGGAGUUGUGUUCCAGCCCUCAGUUCAUCUCAGGAGGAGCAACUCGGACAGACAUUUGUCAAGGAGCUCUAGGUGAUUGUUGGCUGCUGGCUGCCAUCGCCUCCCUCACUCUCAAUGAACAGAUCCUAUCCAGGGUGGUCCCAAAAGAUCAGAGCUUCCAGGAGAACUAUGCAGGGAUCUUCCACUUCCAGUUCUGGCAGUUUGGAGAAUGGGUGGAUGUGGUUAUUGAUGACAGACUUCCUACCAAGGAUGGGGAGCUCGUCUUCGUCCACUCAGCUGAAGGGAGUGAAUUUUGGAGUGCGCUGAUGGAGAAAGCCUAUGCAAAGCUGAAUGGGUCUUACGAAGCUCUGUCUGGCGGGGCCACCACGGAGGGUUUUGAAGACUUCACGGGGGGUCUGGCCGAGUGGUACGAACUGAAAAAACCUCCAAACAACUUGUACAAGAUCAUACAGAAGGCUCUGAAGACGGGUUCUCUCCUGGGCUGCUCCAUAGAUAUCACAAGUGCUGCCGAGACCGAGGCGAUCACCUUCCAGAAACUGGUGAAAGGCCACGCCUACUCCGUCACCGGCGCAGAAGAGGUGGACUACAGAGGAAAUAUGGAAAAGCUCAUCAGAAUCCGCAAUCCAUGGGGAGACGUGGAGUGGACGGGAGCUUGGAGUGACAACUCCAGUGAGUGGAAUUCUGUGGAUCCCAGUGAGAGGGACAGACUGAUUAAGCGAUGCAAUGACGGCGAAUUCUGGAUGGCGUUCAAUGAUUUCCUGAGACACUUCUCCAGGCUGGAGAUCUGUAAUCUCACCCCCGACACCCUGAGCUCCGAGAAAUACAAGAAGUGGAGUCUGGUGAAGAUGGACGGGAUGUGGAGGCGAGGAUCCACUGCUGGAGGGUGCCGGAAUUUUCCAGACACCUUCUGGAUGAACCCGCAGUAUAUGAUAAAGCUGAAUGAGGACGACGAUGAUCCGGAUGAUGGAGAGGAAGGCUGCACAUUCAUUGUGGGUCUAAUACAGAAGAAUCGGAGGAAAGCGCGGAAGGUGGGAGAGGACAUGCACACUAUUGGCUUUGCCAUCUAUGAGGUCCCACCCCAGCUGCGCGGACAGACCGAUGUUCAUCUGAAUAGAGAUUUCUUCCUGCGGAACAAGGCCAAAGAUCGCUCAGACACCUUCAUAAAUCUCCGAGAGGUUCUCAACAGAUUCCGGCUGCCAGCUGGGGAAUAUGUCAUUGUACCAUCGACCUUCGAGCCCCAUAAAGUGGGAGACUUCUGUAUGCGCAUUUUCUCAGAGAAGUGUGCGGAGUCACAGGUUGUGGAUGAUAAGAUCGAGGCCAACAUUGACGAACCUGAUCUCAGUGAAGAUCACAUUGAUGCAAACUUUAGAAGAUUGUUUCUGCAGCUGGCGGGCGAGGAUAAGGAGAUCUCAGCGUUCGAGCUGCAUGGAAUUCUACAGAAGGUCAUUUCCAGACAGACCGACAUCAAGUCUGAUGGAUUCAGUUUGGAGACAUGUAAGACCAUCGUGGAUCUCCUGGACUCUGAUGGGUCAGGAAAACUGGGUUUAAAAGAAUUUAACAUCCUCUGGUCCAAAAUACAGAAAUACCAGAAAAUUUAUUGCAAAAUUGAUGUGGAUCGAUCUGGGACGAUGAAUAGCACCGAGAUGAGAAAAGCCCUUGAGGCAGCAGGAUUCACGCUGAAUUCUCAGAUCCACCAACUGCUUGUGGCUCGCUUUGCUGAUGAACAUUUCUCCAUUGACUUUGAUAACUUUGUACGAUGUCUCAUCCGCCUGGAAAUUAUGUUCAAAAUUUUCAAGCAGAUGGAUACAGAGAACAGCGGAGUGGUGCCUCUCUCUUUUGAUAAAUGGAUGACAUUCACAGUCAUGUGAUCAGCCGUCUCUGUAUAUUACACCCAAAUAGAACGCCGACUGCAAGGAACCUUCCCGUUAUCUAUCUGACCCGCGUGCCUUUAAGAAAAAUGUUGUCUGAUCUAGCUGAAGAUCCUCCUAGCAGCAAAAAGGACUUACAAGCAACCUCUAAUAAGAGAGACAUGCAGGCCACCUUCUUAAGAAAAUGCUAGUUGCCUGGCUCUCAUUCUUGCUUCCAUGUCUUGAGUCCCUCUGUCUUUUUUUUUCCCCAGACUUUCCUAAUCUCUAUAUUUAUCCUUUGGUCUGUGACUUGGAAUAUAUUAAAGCCACUAGAUCAA